GGCUGCUUGUUGUUCCCGCAGAGAGGCGAGAAGAUGGCGGCCGUGUCAAGCGGAGGUGCUGCUGGGUCCGCUGCGGCCGGGAUUACGCACUCUGCCCGACCGACCCACGCAGGCAUGGGCUCCCAGAACCGAGCUCAGCCGUCCUCCGGGAUCAGCCACUCCAGUCGUACCAGCACGGCCACUGGGUGCAUCACUAAUCCUGGCCACACUUCGGCCACCAGGCCCCCCCCAGCCCGAGUGGGCCACUACGAAAUCGAGCGGACCAUCGGCAAGGGAAAUUUCGCGGUUGUUAAACUAGCCACACACAUCAUUACCAAAGCAAAGGUGGCUAUAAAAAUAGUGGAUAAGACCCAGCUGGACGAUGAGAACCUGAAAAAGAUCUUCAGAGAGGUGCAAAUCAUGAAGUUGCUGAAGCACCCCCACAUCAUCCGCCUCUACCAGGUGAUGGAGACGGAGCGGAUGAUCUAUCUGGUAACAGAGUAUGCUAGCGGUGGAGAGAUAUUUGAUCACCUGGUGGCUCAUGGGCGUAUGGCAGAAAAGGACGCCAGGAGAAAGUUCAAGCAGAUUGUGGCAGCAGUCCAUUUCUGUCACUGCCGCAACAUCGUCCAUAGAGACCUGAAGGCUGAGAAUCUGCUGCUGGACCACAACCUCAACAUCAAAAUCGCAGAUUUUGGCUUCAGUAACCUGUUUUCUCGAGGCCAGCUGUUAAAGACAUGGUGUGGCAGCCCUCCAUAUGCUGCACCAGAGCUCUUUGAGGGCAAGGAGUAUGACGGACCCAAAGUAGAUAUAUGGAGCUUGGGUGUGGUGUUAUAUGUGUUGGUGUGCGGCGCCCUGCCGUUUGAUGGCAGCACUCUACAAAAUUUGCGGGCACGUGUCCUCAGUGGCAAGUUCCGAAUCCCCUUCUUCAUGUCUACAGACUGUGAGUACUUGAUCAGACACAUGUUAGUGCUGGAGCCCAGUAGAAGGUUGUCCAUGGAGCAGAUCUGUAAGAACAAGUGGAUGAGAUUAGGAGACCCGGACCCUGACUUCGACAGGUUGAUAGCGGAGUGUGAGCAGGUGAAAACGGAGAGAGAGACCGAGCUCAUCAAUGAGCAGGUGCUGAUAGCCAUGUCUGAGAUGGGCCUGGAUCGAGAGCGCACACUGCAGUCCCUACAAACCGAUGCAUACGAUCACUACAGUGCCAUCUACAGUCUGCUGGCUGACCGCCUCAAGAAACACAAGACCCUGCGUGUUGCCCCGCCCACACUGCGCCCCAUUAGCUAUCCUCUUAACGCUGUACAGCAGACUGAUCCACAGGGUAAUCCUGUUAGCAUGACUGUUCCCCAUGUCCAGCUCAUCAACCCAGAGAACCAGAUUGUUGAGCCGGAUGGCAGCAUGGCGCUGGACAGUGAUGAAGGGGAGGAACCAUCUCCAGAGGCCAUGGCUCGCUACCUUUCGAUGAGGCGGCACACUGUGGGGGUACCAGACCAAAGGACAGAGAUGCAGGAGGACCUCCAGAAACUGCCACCAGGUUUCCCUCGUGGUGCAGUGCCCCAGCCCCCCUUCCCCCCACUGGCCCCCACUAUGGGCCAAAUGCACACACUCAUGCCCACGCAGAGCUUGCAGCCCACACAGCAGCUGGAGUACAAGGAGCAGUCGUUGCUGCAGCCACCUACCUUGCAGCUGCUCAACGGCAUGGGGCCUCUUGGUCGAAGAGCUUCCGAUGGCGGGGCCAAUAUUCAACUACACGCUCAACUCCUCAAGCGACCUCGGGGGCCCUCGCCGCUUGUUGCCAGCCCGCACCCUAUCCCUGCGGUAGCUCCGGUGGAUGAGGAGGGUUCAGACGGAGAGCCAGACCAAGAGGCUGUACAGAGGUACCUGGCGAACCGCUGCAAGCGGCACACGACGCACGCGCUCACGAGCACAUCGCAUGGCGAGCCCUCGGCAGAGUCACAGCGGCCCCAGGGCCCCCGCCAGAGGGGGGGCUGGGCCCCCGACACACACACCCGAUCCAGCUAUAAGGACUGUAACACCCUUCAUCUCCCCAUGGAACGCUUCUCACCUGUCAGACGGUUCUCAGACGGCGCCGCCACGAUCCAGGCCUUCAAGGCUCAUCUGGAGAACAGCAGCCUCAUUAAGCAACUCAAACAGGAGUGCGAGCAGCUCCAGAAAAUGUACGCUGCCCAACAGGAUGAGCGAUUCCUGGAGCACACCCAGCAGCAGCAUAUCCUCUACCAGCAAGAGCAACAAAUCCUCCACCAGCAAAUCCAGGGUCUGUCUUUAGGCCAUGGAGAGAGCCAGCCCAGUCAUCUAACCCACCAGCUCCAGAGGUUGCGUAUCCAGCCCUCCAGCCCUCCGCCAACACAUCCCAGCAACCACCUCUUCAGACAGCCCAACCAGAGCCCUCCGCCUGGCUCUGCAGGCAUAAUGCAAGGGCAUGGAGGUCCGUCACCAGUGCAGUACCAGCACGGAACUCCGGCAUUGUAUCAGGGCCAGAGUGGCAGCCCGCCUCCCACGGGCAUGCCUCGAGUCUCUCUACCAACCAAUCAACAAGCAGCAUCUGCUCGCCCCACCGUCCCACUGGCACAGGGUGUACCUCAGCAGCAGCAGGUGACCAUUCAGGUUCAGGAAGUGGAGCUGGGUGCGGCGCAGAGACAGGGCUUUUUGUCCACGCCGGGGGGACACAGAGUCCUCGGGAAGCAGCUGAGCGCAGACAAUGCCGAGUCGCACAGUCGCAGCCUUGGCCGCUUCACAUCAGGCUAUGACCAGGCUCAGUUCAAUCCCCACCUCUUCUCUGGCGACGCCGCCUCCCGGGGAGCCUCUGGGGUUGUCGGCUCCUACAGCCCCUAUCUGCAGGGAGCCUCCCUGAAAGUACCCGGCCUGGAUGGUUACCAGAGCGGGGUGGUGGGGAACAGCAGCUACGGCACCCCCUCUACACUACAGCAGGCCCUGCUCUCCCCAACUCCUUUGGACUACCGCCCCCCACAACAGCACGUCACCCCCACACUGCAGGGCCUCCUGUCCCCCCGCCACUCUUUAACAGGCCACACCGAUCCCAGGCUGCCCCCCCAAGACCUGGCUGCCCUGCUGAAGAGGCAGAGCCCCCGGCCGUGCCCGCCGCCCCCCACACCACCCAGCGGCGCACCCCAAGAGUAUGGAGAGAUGUUGCUGCUCCGCCAGCUGAGCCAAGGUGAGAGCUUGGAGCCGCCGGCACCGCAGGGUUCGUCUGGAGGCCAACACUACCACCACCUCCUCCAGAUUCGACCCCCUGAGGUCCAGCCACAGCAGCACCCGGUCCAGGCACCUUGCCCCAGCUUACCCCACUCAGAGAGCAUGGAGGAGGAUGAGGUGCCGGCUGGCUACCACCACCCACACGAGGGCCUGCUGGUCAAGGCAGGAGAAGGUCAUGAGCUACUGGGGCCUCCCCGAGGAGGCACCCCACCCUACAGCUCCCCUACACACAGGCAUGGUGGCUACAUAAGGAAUGCUCAAGCAGCUAGAGAAUCUGAGCAUGUGGAGUGCAGGCCCCCAGGGCAGGCCAUGGAGGUGCCUGAUCAUAAUGGUGUGGGCUAUUCGCGAGGUCCCCAGGGUGACGCCUAUAGGUCCCGUGGACAGCUACAGCGCCACCACACCAUCCAGACCUGUGACGAUGCCUAUGAUCAGGCGGACCCCAUGUCUGGGAUGAGCCUGCUGGCCGGGAAGGCACUAAGCUCCGCUCGCAUGUCGGACAUUCUCAGCCAAACGUCACUGACAGGAAGCCAGCAGCUGCACCAGCGGGAAGAGUCAGUGUGUGAUGUCGAGGGGGAGCUCCAUGCGGCAGCCUGCUACCCCUCCUCCUGCACCAGUGACAUGCUCCUCAGCUACAAGCCCCCUGACUUGCAGUACAGCAUGGAGCAGGCUGGGGUCUAGCACAGGAAGCGGUCUAUCCUGUGUACAGCAGUCCAUAUCAGCCAUCCUGAGUUGUGUUGACUUGAGUUGAGCAGCAUCACGCCAAACCACCGCCGUCUGCCCACGCGGGAGGCACUCUACGUCCAUCUGUCUGUCUCCAUCGGUCCCUGGGAGGGCAGUCUGCGCGAGAGAGGGGGAGUGUUGGGAGGGUGUAGACAUUAGAGGGGGGGGGGGUCACAGGCGGGGCCUCGGGAUUCAAACGUCAAAGUGCCAUCAUUUUUCUGCACAGACAUCCAGCGUUCAUUGCCACGGGAUGUCUCCUCUUCACCUCCCAUCAUGGGUAGAUUGGGGUUCCACUCCUCCCUCUUUCGACUCGACCCCCUCACCUCCUCCCCCUACAAACCUGGCCCCAAGCCCACCUGCUGCCCUCACCUAAUCCUCCCCUUUCACCCUUGGUCUUCUAUUAACUGUUGGCAUACUUCAUUAUGUGCCUCAUUGGCCAACGCAUCGAUACAGUCUUGCAAGAACAUAGAGUCCAAAAACACAAUGAAACAUACACACUGCUGCCACAAACCCAAAGUAUUCACAUCGUGUGUGUGUGUGUGUGUGUGUGUGUGCGCGCGCGCGCGCAUGACUGGAAAAAAAGAGGUGAGCGGAGGGUGAAGGUGUCUAGGAGGUUCAGUCUGUUCCUCUGUCUCCCCCUCUCCUCCUGCUGUCCUGCAGCAGAUCAUUCCGGAGCGGGCUGAAACCUCAGCAGUGGCGGCCACUUUUCGGCCGGGUGGCGGGUGUUUUGGGUCAGGCUCCAAUUGGGCAACAAAACCGCUCUCUCCAAAGAUGGAGCUCAGUGACAUCGCACAGGACAAACCAGCUCUCUCAUUGUUGUAUUUGUUUGUAUUUUUCUUCUUCUAGCAUUCAUUUUAUUUUUAUUUUAUUUUAAAAAUUAAUUUUUAAGGCUAAUGUCCUUGUAGGCAUUAUGGUCAAUAUUGUUACUCUUAUUGUUAUUACUGUUUUCUGUAAAAGAGGUUUUAUUAUAAUGAAUAUAUUAUUAUUAUUAUUAUUAUUAAAGGAAAAACAUUUCUGUGUUGCAAGGACAACAAUGUUGUUCUUCGAUUACUUAAGUAAUUCUGCACUUUCGGUUCAAGCUAUCCUCUGUUUCCACCCCUCCUUGCAGUUUCUCGAUCUCUGUCAUGCGGUUACCCUGCUUUCCAAAUCCACCCUCCCCACCUCCUCCAGCCCAGCGACUUUUCACCCACCUUGUGUACCCCCUUUUCUCCAUCCUCCUUUCCCAUGUCAGUGACAGUGUACUGCAUUGUGGGUAGUUUUACCAGACAUUUGCUCCUUUCCUUGUACAGUGAUGCCAUGUAUAGAACGCUAUUGCAAUAUCUAUAAUAUCAAAUGUUUUCUUUUUUGUUACUUGUUUGUUUUUCAGAUGUUGGGGAGGCUUUUUUUAUAUCUAUUGUUUAUCAUUUGUAUUUUUGGAUGUCUUCAAAAUGUAUUCUUUUUGUUUUUUUGUUUGUUUUAUGAAUCUUGAGAUUUCUAGCCAAAAGAGGACAGAGAGAAGAGACAGUGCUCUUUCUGUGUCGUAAAAAAAAGAUUGUUCUUAUUUGUUUUAAUAUUAUUAUAUCGAGACACUUGAAUAAGAGGAGAGUAAUUAUUUUGUUUUGCAAAGUAUCAUUUCAAUCGAUGUUGUUGUGACUGUCAUUCUUGAUGUUGGGCCUGUUUUCUGUUAACGGGGUAGUUGUGGCAGGCUAUACAGGGUCAGGCUUUGGGCUUUGUCUGGGUUGGUUCGGGUGCUACAGAGACUUGACACUCUUAAUAUAAAAAAGUAAAAAAAAAAAGACAACAAACAAGGGAAUAACUUGUAAAAUAGCUGACAUAUCAUCCUAAACAUCACAAGUGUGGAGAUGGACAACCUCCCCCCCCCCCUUCUUUUUCUCUCACGCUGCCCUACCUGUCUGCUGUGAUCCUCCCAUCUUCUACUACAUCGGCUUCUGAUUGGAUGACGCCUUAUGGACAUGGCCCCUCCUCCAAAGCUAACCCUGUUAUAAUGGCAACCAAGGAGGAAUCUACAACUACUACUACUCGACCCUCUCACACCCCUCUUUUUGGUAAACAUAUCUCGUUUCGGCCCCCAAAAAAUCCUGGAAGUUUAUAUCAGAGGACACGAUGGCUGCGUUUCAUGAACAGUCAGUGGAUGAUGGUUUGGACACACCUCCAAACCACAAAAGGGAAACGUUUCAGGAGGUGACCAUAGGAAUGAAUUGUUUGAUUUGGACUUCCACAGCAGGGGAAUACAAGGUUGUGGUCAGAGCGAGCGGGAAGGGUGUGCCCGCCUUAAACUUGUCCGCCGAGGUCUGUGCCCUAAGCUGAGCGAGGCUCAAGCACAUCCAGAUGGGGGUUACAGCACACUGGGGACAACAGCAGAAGGUUGAUCCCCACCCUUUUCUCCCUUUUUUUUUUUUUAUAAAAUUUUUAUUGUUUGACCUCUUUAUCCUCCCAUAUACAGAACCCUUGGAUAUUGAGUCUAUAUUGGGCCAGCAAGAGACUGUGGUGCCAAAAAAAAAAAAAUCAAGCUCCACUUGUAUGUGUUUAUACUGGCCAGAUUUCACAAUACCUGGCUGCUCGGUUGACUUUUUGUAUGCUACAUACAUCUGAGAGCUGUAGAUGGUGUCACGCAGCGCCUGUGCUUUCCCUUUGCACCAACUUCCUGUUUACCAAAAUCUCCUCCUCCUCCUCAGAGCAGAUGGGAUCACCUUUAGCGGCAGAUCCGAAUCUCUAAAACAAGAGGAGCAUACAGGAAGAGUAAACAGCCAAGUGGGAUGGAUUCAAGAAAAUAAUGUGUUUUCUGUUCCUUCGCAAACUGAGGCAGUGUCUCGUCGGGCAGAAGAAGCUUUGUUUCCGUUCCAUCUCGGUAGUCCCUCCAGUUCGCGGUCAUUCCUCUUUCAGAUCUGUCCUCCUGUUUUCUCUCAUUGUUUACUCCAAGCCAAAACUGAGAUCUGGAAGAGAAAGAACGCUUGUUGGGUAUUGGAGAGGAAACGACUAGAAUGGAAGACAUUGCAUGUCUCUUGUCCCAUGGCAGGAAAGAAACUCUAAAAUUAAGACGAGAGGCUCCACCUUGUCUAAUGUCAUGACCAGUACCACAGCUGUUGUUUCAGAUCUGUAUCGAGGGGGGAGCAGAGGCACGCAGGAAAGGACAGUUUGAGUGAAUGAAAAACACUGAAGAUGAUUCAGAGGUAAUGGGAAGGAGAGAGCUGCUUCACACUCUUCUGCCUGAUCAGACUGACCCUUCUCCCCCAUUUUCUUUGUCUUAACUUUUUCAUCCCUGCCCCUUUUUUCUUUUCUCUCUCUCCCUGCCUCCCUGCUCAGCAAGCAGCUCUCUGCUCUACUCAUAUUUCUUAGGUUCAUUUUGUUUUCUAUUGGCUCAUUUUGUCAUUUUUUUUUGUUAUGUUCAUUUCUGUUGAGUACAAAAAUACUAAAGUGCAACAACAAUGAUUUAAAAAGAAUAUCAACCAAACUGAGAUGAAUAAAUAAAGAAAUAUAUAUAAAUAAAGAAAUAAUUUAAAAAGCU